UAAAAUUGUAAAAGGGGAAAAAAUAAUAAAGCAACACAAGGGUUUAAAAAAAGUGAAGCUUUCACAGAUAUCACAAAAUCAAAUUAGACAAUGAACUUAAAUGUUCAAAGCAAACAAAGUAUAUAGCAUAUAUUUUCCAUGUUUUCCAACUAGGUUGGAGAUCAUAAAAGUUACCAAUGUAUUGGGAAAAUGACAGCAAGGACCUCAUUUUUGUGGUUAGUGUUUGGACUAAAGAAAAUUGUGGUCACAGAUUGUUUGUUGGGAAAUAGCCACUAUUUUUGUAACAUUUCAAACAGCAAAGACCCCAAGAUUUUUUGUUUCUCAACCUGAUUCUUGCUGGAAUUCUAUAGAGACAUAAAUCCUAUAUAUAUGCAUAUAAAAUCUAAAUCAUUCUAUUGAAGCAAUCAAUCAAUUAUUCUUCAUUACAAUAUUCUUUAUUGGAAAUGGCUCCUCCAACUAAUAGGAAAAAUUUGGAUGCAAUAGAAGUGAAAAAGCCUCCUAGGUUGAAUAUGGACAACAAUGUCCAUGAUCUCAAGAACAAGAAGUCGCCAUUGCCAUUGCAAAUGCCAUCACCAUCACCAUCACCAUUGGGACAAUCUCCUCUGCCAUCGCCAUCACGAUUAGGACAAUCUCCUCUGCCAUCAGCAUCACCAUUAGGACAAACUCCUGUGCCGGCCACCACGAAAUCUUCUAGUGGAAAGUUUGAGUGUCUAUGCUCACCAACCACACAUGCUGGCUCCUUUAGGUGUAGGCACCACCGUGCCAAGGAGGCAGAGAUGCGUCGCGCAAUGUCUGUUGAUAGCAACCUCUCUGCAUUAGGAUCCAAAAAGAUCACCAACCCAAUAGUCUAAGGGUGAAUGAAGCCUUAAAGAAGCUAUAUGGUGCAUGUUUUUCA